AUGAAACACACUUUCCUUCUUUCUGCUUUAUUAGCUCUUGCUCAGGCUGGUCCUGUUAACCAUUCUCACGAAUUGCAAAAAAGAUCCUCUUGUACCAUCACCACCUCCAACCUUUCCGAAAUUGCUUCAAUUAAGAAAUCUUGUACCUCUAUCGUUGUCGAUGGUGUCACCGUUCCUGCUGGCGAAACCUUGGACUUGACUGGAUUGCAAACUGGUACCACCGUCACUUUCGAAGGUACCACCUCAUUUGGUUAUUCUUCAUGGGAAGGCCCAUUGAUCUUUGUGUCUGGGUCUGCGGUUACCGUAACUGGGGCUUCUGGUCACGUCCUUGAAGGUAAUGGGGCCAAAUGGUGGGAUGGUUUAGGAUCCAAUGGUGGGGUCACAAAACCUACUUUCUUCUUUGCCCACUUCAUGGAUGAAGGGUCAGUCAUCAAAAACUUGAAUAUCCACAAUACUCCGGCGGAAGUGUUUUCGAUCUACGGCUCCCACGAAUUGACCAUUGAUUCCGUGACCAUCGAUGAUUCUGAUGGUGAUUCUGAAGGAGGCCAUAACACUGACGGGUUCGAUAUUGCCUCUUCUUCCAGUAUCACUAUCCAAGACAGCAUCAUUAAAAACCAAGACGAUUGUGUGGCUAUCGAUUCCGGUUCUAAAAUCCAAUUCUUGAACAACCACUGUUCUGGGGGUCAUGGGAUCUCCAUUGGUGGGGUUGGUGGUACCAGUGAUAAUAGUGUCAAUGGAGCCACUCUUUCUGGUAACACUGUCACCAACUCCGUGAUCGGGCUUCGGGUUAAGACUUUGUCUGGGGCCACUGGUAGAGUCAAGAACGUUGGCUUCAAGAACAACCAGAUUAGUAACAUUUCUCAAUAUGGGAUUACCAUCGAAGGUGACUACGAAAAUAGUGGGCCAACUGGGGUGGCUACUGGUGGGGUACCAAUCACUGGAUUGACAGUGACAGGAGUGACCGGUUCCGUGGAUUCCGGUGCUCAACCAAUUUACAUCUUGGUGGAAAAUGCCUCUGAUUGGAGUUUCAGUGAUAUCGAUAUUACAGGGGGUAGUUACAGCAAGAAGUGCAGCGGUAUUCCUUCCGGCGCUGGGGUUUCUUGUUAA